AUUGCCGGCCUCGGCCGCACCCGCGUCGCACCUCCCUCCCAACUCGCCACGAAAUUCGGCUUCCGCCGCCGCUUCGCUCUCUGCCUCCCGCGCGGCGCCUCCGGCGCCCUCUUCUUCGGCCCCGGCCCCUAUAACUUCCUCCCAGGCGUCGACGCCUCUCAAUCCCUCCUCUACACUCCUCUCCUCUCCAACCCCGUCAGCACUGCGGGAUCCUACAACGCGGGGGAACCUUCCUACGAAUAUUUCAUCGGCGUCACCGCCAUCAAAGUCGGCGACACCGUGUUGCCGUUAAACAAGACGCUUUUGACCAUCGAUAAGAAGACCGGGUACGGCGGAACCAAGUUAAGCACGGCGGUGCCGUACACGACGCUCGAGACAAGCAUAUACAAGUCAUUGACUUCAGCCUUUACGGCAGCGCUGGCAAACGUGACGAGGGUGGCGGAGGUGGCACCGUUCGAGUUCUGUUACGAUGCGAAGGGUUUGGGGAGCACGAGGGUGGGCCCGGCGGUGCCGGCGGUGAACCUCGUGCUGCAGAGCGAGGCAGUGUACUGGAGCAUCUUCGGCGCGAAUUCGAUGGUGGAGGCGGCGGACGGAGUGCUCUGCUUGGCGUUUGUGGAGGGCGGGAGGAGGACGAUGACGUCGAUUGUGAUUGGUGGGUUUCAGUUAGAGGACAAUUUGGUGGAGUUCGAUUUGGGCUAUUCGAGGGUUGGGUUUAGCUCCACGCUGCUGUUCCGGCGGACCACCUGCUCCAAUUUCAACUUCACCUCUAGCACCAGAUGAGUGAAUAAAAAUAAGCUGCGUUCUCAAUAAUGAGAUGUUGUAUGGGAUGAUGCAAUAAAUUAAUUAUAUUUGUAUGAUAUGUUGUUGUCAGAAUUUGGCUGACAUUUAAAUAUUUAAUGCAUGUCUCUAUGU